AUUUUCUUAUAGGUGAUACCUGCUAAGCGCUCCCCGCCUACCCAGAGACAGGGAGGAACCUGGAAAAUCCUCACGUGAGGUGAAGCGCAGGCGAGUAGGGCCAGACAUGGUGGCUCAUGCCUGUAAUCUCAGCACUUUGGGAGACUGAGAUGAGAAGAUCACUUGAGGCCAGGAGUUCGAGACCAGACUGGCAACAUAGUGAGACCCUGUCUCUACAAAAUGCUGGCCAAGGAGCAGGGCCUGUGCCCGUGGUCUCAUAGAGCCUGGCCUGUUCUGGAAGAGCACCCAGUUGUUCCUUCUAGGCUGCCCAAGCCACACUGAUGAUGGCUGAGAGGGAAGAGGACGACGACACUGAGGAAGCCUGGAUGCAGCUGCGGCCCACAGAACCCUUGCCCUCCCAGUGCUGCGGCAGUGGCUGCUCACCCUGUGUGUUUGACCUCUAUCACCGAGAUCUGGCAAGGUGGGAGGCAGCCCGAGCCAGCAAGGACAGGAGCCUGCUGCGUGGGCCAGAGUCACAGAGCUGCCCCUCCAAGCUGAACCCAGAGACCUUCGUGGCCUUCUGCAUCAGUGCCAUGGACAGGCUCACUAAGGACACCUACCGUGUCCGGUUUGCUCUACCCGGGAACAGCCAGCUUGGCCUGCGGCCGGGCCAGCACCUCAUCCUACGAGGGAUAGUAGAUGACUUAGAAAUUCAGAGAGCCUAUACGCCCAUCAGCCCUGCCAACGCAGAAGGAUACUUUGAAGUGUUAAUUAAGCAUGUACCUGUCCCGCUGACGUCUCCCCGUGUUUGCUUCCAGUGCUACCAGAUGGGGCUGAUGUCCCGGUAUGUUGAGUCCUGGAGAGUAGGAGACACAGCUUUCUGGCGAGGACCUUUUGGAGAUUUCUUCUAUAAACCAAACCAGUAUGGUGAGCUCCUCUUGCUGGCUGCGGGCACGGGCCUGGCUCCCAUGGUGCCUAUCCUGCAGAGCAUCACAGACAAUGAGAAUGACGAGACUUUUGUCACUCUGGUCGGUUGCUUCAAGACCUUUGAGAGCAUCUACCUGAAAACCUUCCUCCAAGAGCAGGCCCGUUUCUGGAAUGUCCGUACCUUCUUUGUACUCAGCCAGGAGAGCUCCUCAGAGCAGCUUCCCUGGAGUUACCAAGAGAAAACCCACUUUGGCCACCUGGGCCAGGACCUAAUUAAAGAGCUGGUCAGCUGCUGUCGGAGAAAGCCAUUCGCACUGGUCUGUGGCUCGGCUGAGUUCACCAAAGACAUAGCCAGGUGCUUACUGUGCGCAGGCCUCACUGAGGACUCCUAUUUCCUCUUCUAGCCCUGGCCUCUCUUCCAAAGCCUAGGCCAUGAGCCUGCUUCUGGGACCCAGGAAGGAGCACAGACUGGAAUCAGAAGACACGGAGUCCAGGCCUGGUCCUGCUGCUCAUUUGUCAGGUGACCUUGGGCAAGCGUCUUUACUGCUCAGAACCUCUACUUGUCAUCUGCCCCAUGAGGUUAAUCACUCCUCCUGGCCUCCUACUAUGUAGAAGGAGGACGGGCUGUAGGGGCUCUGAGGAGGUGAGCAACCAGCCUGGGAGUCAGGGAGGACUCUUCAGAGGAAGCCAAGUCCAGGCUGAGCCCCAGGAGGAGUAGGAGUUGGGCAGGGGAAGAGUCGGGAGGAGCUUCCCUGGCCCCUCCGAUUAGAGGAUCUAAUGGGGGCUCCAACUGUGGCCUCAGCACCAUCUCAGAUUAGGGGCUCCUGAGUGUGUAGGGAAGGACACGGGAGAGGCUUAGAGCUCUUUGGAGGAGGAUUCUGCCUUUCCUCCAGUGCCAUGAGCCUGACACAUGAAGGUCUUGGGUUCUAUGACUUGACCACAUCCUGAGAGCAAGGUGGGGCCCUCGACUGUCUUGUAUUGGCCCCAAGCCUUUCUUGCUGUGAACAGCUUCAUUCUCAGUCCCCUUUCCUGGCUCAAAAAUCGAGCCUAGCAAAAGAAGAGGCACGGGAAGGAAACGCCCCUCCCUCCUCCUGCAGGCAGCCACUCAGCCUGUGCCUUCAGCUCGGUGCCCUGGUGAUGGUUGCUAUGGAGAUCUAAAGAUAGAGCAGGAGUCAGGAGACCUGGGUCCCUCUCCCAGCUUGUCCCACUGAGCGGCUGCAGAUCCCGGUCCACCCACCCCAGGAACCCGGCACCCCCAUCCCAGGAACCCAGUGCCCCUGGGCAGCGCACUGCAGUUAAUGAAUUCUGCCUUCCACAGCCUGGGCUCUAGCAUGCUGCACCAGCUUGGGCUAGCUACAGGCAGUCCCAGAAUUGGAAUAUUAAGCCAUGGAAUCUUAGAGUUAGACUUUUAUAGUCAUAGAAAUGUACUCUUCACCAUAUCAAAGCUGAAAGUUCAGGACUCUAAGAAACAUACAGUGUGACAGACUUAUCGUAUACACGGGAAACUGAAGCCCAGUGAGACUAAAUGACUUGCCCAGGGUAAAACAGUCCAUGGCAGAGCCAGCACUAGAAGCCUCCUAGCUUCAACCUCAUGUGCCAAUUCUGCACCAGUGAUUUUCGAACUGCGCUCCACAGGAAGCAAGGGUUCUUUGCAUAGCAGCAGUGAAAGGACAGCUCCAGAUGGAUCCCCAGUCCCCCCUUCAACCAGAGCAGUUGCAUUUUUAUCCCAUUCAUAUAUUGGGGUUUUGAAUUAUUUUUAUUUGUACAAAAGGAUUUUCCUAGCCACUCAAAAAAAUGGCAACAAAUCUCUCUGCUGUGUCACAUUUAAUAAAUAAUUGUGACACAUAGCUGGGGGGUGGUGCUGGAGGUUUCAGACCGCCUCACAGGCAGAGUUCCAGGGUCAGAGAGCAUGGAGUACUGUGUGUGACCUUCUUCCAGAAGCACGGGCACAGGAGCAUGUUAGAGGCCCUGAAAAGACCAGUGGCAAAGAAACUCCUUUCAUUUUGUUUAAUCCAGAGUUUCUCAAGCUUAUUUAACUACAGAACACUUUUCUGUGGGUUUCGUAGCCUCUUUCUAGCACAGUAUAAUGAGUGGGAAAGGCCCUGACUGAGUCAAAGAUUCUGAGCAGGAACCAUGAUCUCUUCCUGCCUAGUAUGUGACUUGAGCAAGACACUUUUCCUCUCCUCAGGCCUCUGAGGUCUGCGAGUUUUCCUCCACCCUUUCCUCUCCCUCAGUUUGCACAUCCUAUUGACUCAGCUCCAAAUAGCGGGGGCCUGUCAGGAGCCUGACUCUGUUCAGACACCAGGGAAACAACAGCACACCAGGCAGAUGCAGUUAUGUCCAUCGGGGAACUUACAGCCUAGCAAGGAAGGCAGCAAUUCAACCUGUAAGUCUAAAAGUGAUGGGUGUCAUGAAAAGGUAAGUGCAGGGUGCUGGGAGAGUGGUUGGCAGGGGCUUUAGCCUAGUCUAGGGAGAGCCCAGGGGCACACCACUGCCAGCGGGGAUAGAGGCUUCAAAAGCUUUGAAGCCACUCAUAUUAAGAGUGUUGCCGGACACGGUGGCUCAUGCCUGUAAUCCCAGCACUUUGGGAGGCUGCGGCAGGCAGAUUGCCUGAGCCCAGAAGUUCGAGGCCAGCCUGGCCAACAUGACAAAACCCUGUCUCUACAAAAAAAAAAAAAAAAAAAAUGAUUAACCUGGUGUGGUGG